CAUGUUCCAUGAGAUCUUUCCCUGUUCAACUCCUGAAGAUAUUUUCCUCUCAUUUCUCUGGCAGGUAACUUCGGAACAAGUUCUGCGAAGAACGCCUUGUGAGAGCGUUGCCUGAGGAGUGCUAAAGUCUAAAGUGACUUCAAGAUACACAGCAAUGACAACAAGAAAAAAUAAGUACCAGAAAAAUAUAUUUGAGGCUACAUAACUGUGCUGUUAAGGGGGGAAAUAAGAUUUUGCUGUAAAAAGAGAGGCUUGGGAAACCAAGCAGAAGGCUACAGCGAUACAAAAACUGCUGUUCACGAGGUUAUAUCCCUGAACCCCUGGCAUCAUAUUUGAAUUAUAAAUGUAAAAGAAUGGCAAGCACUCUACCUCCCUAUCCUAGAUCAGACACAGGGGAGAAGUUACAUCAGUGUAUUGAGUGUGGAAAACAAUUUGAUUGGGAAAGUUCUCUUACUGUACAUGAACGGACGCACACAGGGGAGAAGCCAUAUCAAUGCAUGGAAUGUGGAAAGAGCUUCAGUCAGAGUGGUGCUCUACAUUCCCAUCAGAGGAUCCACACAGGGGAGAAGCCGCAUAAAUGCAUAGAAUGUGGAGAAAGCUUCAGUCAGAGUGGCCAUCUACGUUCCCAUCAAAGGAUCCACACAGGGGAGAAGCCACAUAGAUGCGUGGAAUGUGGAGAAAGCUUCAGUCGUAGUGAUAGUCUGUGUUCCCAUCAAAGGAUCCACACAGGGGAGAAGCCAUAUCAAUGCAUGGAAUGUGGAAAGAGCUUCAGUCAGAGUAGCAAUCUGCGUGCCCAUAAAAGGAUACAUACAGGGGAGAAGCCACAUAAAUGUAUGGAAUGUGGAAAGAGCUUCUGUCAGAGUGGCAGUCUGCGUGCUCAUCAAAGGACACACACAGGAGAGAAGCCAUAUAAAUGUAUGGAAUGUGGAGAAAGCUUCAGUGAGAAAGGCACUCUACGUUCCCAUCAAAGGACGCACACAGGGGAGAAGCCAUAUAAAUGUAUGGAACAUGGAGAAAGCUUCAGUGAGAGUGGCCAUCUAUGUUCCCAUCAAAAGACACACACAGGGGAGAAGCCAUAUAAAUGCAUGGAAUGUGGAAAGAGCUUCAGUCGGAGUGACCAUCUACGUUCCCAUCAAAGGACGCACACAGGGGAGAAGCCACAUAAAUGCAUGGAAUGUGGAAAGAGCUUUAGUCGGAGUGGCACUCUACGUUCCCAUCAAAGGACGCACACAGGGGAGAAGCCACAUAAAUGCAUGGAAUGUGGAGAAAGCUUCAGUUGGAGUGGCCAUCUACGUUCCCAUCAAAGGACACACACAGGGGAAAAACCACAUAAAUGCAUGGAAUGUGGAGAAAGCUUCAGUCGGAGUAGCAAUCUACGUACCCAUCAAAGGACCCACACAGGGGAAAAGCCAUAUCAAUGCAUGGAAUGUGGAAAGAGUUUCAGUCAGAGUUCAAAUCUGCAUAUCCAUCAAAGGAUCCACACAGGGGAGAAGCCACAUAAAUGCAUGGAAUGUGGAGAAAGCUUCAGUCGGAGUGACUGUCUACGGUCCCAUCAAAGGAUCCACACAGGGGAAAAACCACAUAAAUGCAUGGAAUGUGGAAAGAGCUUCAGUCGGAGUGGCCAUCUACGGUCCCAUCUAAGUAAGCACACAGGGGAGAAGCCACAUAAAUGCAUGGAAUGUGGAAAGAGUUUCAGUCACAGUAGCAAUCUGCGUGCCCAUCAAAGGACGCACACAGGGGAGAAGCCAUAUAAAUGCAUGGAAUGCGGAGAAAGCUUUAGUGGCAGUGGCAAUCUACGUUCCCAUCAAAGGAUCCACACAGGGGAGAAGCCACAUAAAUGCAUGGAAUGUGGAAAGAGCUUCAGUCAGAGUGGCAAUCUACGUUCCCACCAAUUGACACACACAGGGGAGAAGCCAUAUAAAUGCAUAGAAUGUGGAGAAAGCUUCAGUCGCAGUGACAAUCUACGUUCCCAUCAAAGGAUCCACACAGGGGAGAAGCCAUAUAAAUGUAUGGAAUGUGGAAAGAGCUUCAGUGAGAGUGGCACUCUACGUUCCCAUCAAAGGACACACACAGGGGAGAAGCCAUAUAAAUGUAUGGAAUGUGGAGAAAGCUUCAGUCGCAGAGACACUCUACGGUCCCAUCAAAGGAUCCACACAGGGGAGAAGCCACAUAAAUGUAUGGAAUGUGGAGAAAGUUUCAGUCGCAGUAGCAAUCUACGUUCCCAUCAAAGGAUCCACACAGGGGAGAAGCCAUAUAAAUGUAUGGAAUGUGGAAAGAGCUUCAGUCACAAUUGCAUUCUACGUUCCCAUCAAAGGAUCCACACAGGGGAGAAGCCAUAUAAAUGUAUGGAAUGUGGAGAAAGCUUCAGUCAGAGUGGCCAUCUACGGUCCCAUCUGAGGAUCCACACAGGGGAGAAGCCAUAUAAAUGUAUGGAAUGUGGAGAAAGUUUCAGUCGCAGUGGCAAUCUACGUUCCCAUCAAAGGAUCCACACAGGGGAGAAGCCAUAUAAAUGUAUGGAAUGUGGAGAAAGCUUCAGUCAGAGUGACCAUCUACGGUCCCAUCUGAGGAUCCACACAGGGGAGAAGCCACAUAAAUGUAUGGAAUGUGGAGAAAGUUUCAGUUGCAGUAGCACUCUACGUUCCCAUCAAAGGAUCCACACAGGGGAGAAGCCAUAUAAAUGUAUGGAAUGUGGAAAGAGCUUCAGUCACAGUUGCACUCUACGUUCCCAUCAAAGGAUUCACACAGGUGAGAAGCCAUAUAAAUGUAUGGAAUGUGGAGAAAGCUUCAGUGAGAGUGGCCAUCUACGGUCCCAUCAAAGGAAGCACACAGGGGAGAAGCCAUAUAAAUGUAUGGAAUGUGGAGAAAGCUUCAGUCAGAGUGGCACUCUACAUUCCCAUCAAAGGAUCCACACAGGGGAGAAGCCAUAUAAAUGUAUGGAAUGUGGAGAAAGCUUCAGUCGGAGUCACCAUCUACGUUCCCAUCAAAGGAUCCACACAGGGGAGAAGCCACAUAAAUGUAUGGAAUGUGGAAAAAGCUUCAGUCGGAGUGACCAUCUACGUACCCAUCAAAGGAUCCACACACGGGAGAAGCCAUAUAAAUGUAUGGAAUGUGGAAAGAGCUUCAGUCGCAGUGGCAAUCUUCAUUCCCACCAAAUGACUCACCCAGUACAGAAGCCAUAGAAGUACAUAGAAUGUGGAGAAAGUUUCAGUCAGAGUAACUAUCUCGAUUCCUUCCAAAUCUAUCUACAUUGCUUUCAAAGGAGCCACAUAGUAGAGAAGCCAUAUAAAUGCACGGAAUGUGGGAAGAGCUUUAGAGAACGUUCAGCAUACAAUAAACAUCACUGAACUCAUGCGCCGCUAGAGGAGACCUGCCUUUCAGUUUCUGAGCUCUCUUUCAAAAAAUAUUGGAAGGAAAGAGGAAGGCCGGCACCUGGCUCUCUCUCUCUCUCUCUCUCUCUCUCUCUCUCUACCAUGAACUACAGUUUGUGUGGCCUUGGUCGGUGGCUACUGGGAGCAGGUCUCACUCAGAAGGGGAUUUUUCACCGUAUUGCAUCAAACUCCGAAGGGGUUCCCCUCGCCUCCUCCAUAAGAAACUCAUCACAGGCUUCUAGGGUGAUCUGUGGAGGUUUGCUGAAAGGAGCAGCAGCUGAGAUCUCUGGAGAAAAGGGUUCUGAAGAAGAAGAGCUCUUUGGUAGCAGAGAAGGUCAUCUCUUCAUACCCUCGUCUCCCGUCUUGGCUCUGUUGCCCCUCGGUUAGAAUUUUGGGCUCCAGCCAUGUCCCUGUCACCCUUUUCUGGACUUCGUUGUAUCCUGAAUAGUUGAUUAUACAUUCUGGACUGUCUUCUGGUUGAGAACUCACAGCAUGUUGAGAAUGAGAACUUACUGCUUAAUGUUUGUUAUAGAUGUUUUUCUUGAUUGAACAAUUGAUGUUUAUAUAGAGUUUGCCCAUGGUGUUGAGACAAUAAUAAUCUUAUUGUAUGUAAUGUAUGCAUUGUGUAAUUCAGUGUUAUAAUUGAUUGAGUUAUUGUAGAACUUAACACAUUGAUCCAUAGAUAUUGGUUGUUUUGUACUGUUUAAUGGCCAAGGGUCCAUGAGGAGACACAGCACAUCUCCCUAACUGCAGAGAAUGGAAGACAAAGAAUGUAGGACUUUUUAAUAAAAGUACCAAAAUUAUAAUUUGUGUAAAGAACAUUAAAGACCAAAUUUGUAAUUUGUAUCAA